AUGUUCGAGACACUUUAUACACAGUUUAAAAGUAUAUUACUGGGUGAGAUUGGUGGUGAUGGUGUAGGGGAUGAGGUCGCCAGUGAGAUUGAAGAGGUUGAAAAUAUUAUACAGAACACUCUUCCCUCUCAUCCAUAUUACCCGACCAACCUUGAGCUUCCAAACUACACCGAACCAACCCUUUCAAUGACCACAAUCCUGGCUGCAUUUAUUAGCGUGUUAUCAUUACUAAUAUUCACCAGUCUAAUAAUAAUAUCAAGCUCAAAAAACUACAGCAACAAAGUUCAAAACCACGCAAAAAGCAGCAAUAAACAUAAAGUCUCUACUAAAAACAAAAUAAUCUUUACGUGGUUCGUGAUUUGUGGAUUCAUCCACACAUUUUUCGAAGGAUACUUUGCCGCUUUCUAUCAGACUAUACAACAAGACAACGCAUUGUUUGCUCAAAUGUGGAAAGAGUAUGCAUUGAGUGACUCUAGAUAUUUGACUUCGGAUCCGUUUGUUGUGAAUAUGGAGAGAAUUACUUCUACACUCUGGGGCCCACUUUCAUUCACCACUGCUCUAGCAAUCUACCAAAAUUGGCCUUCACGCUACGUUCUACAACUUGUAAUUUCUUUGGGCCAAUUGUACGGAUGCAUCUUAUACUACUGGACCACAAUAUUUGAAGGAAGCCCCCAUUCUCGUCCAGAAACAUAUUACUAUUGGGUGUAUUUUGUGUUUGCCAAUGCGUUUUGGAUGGUGAUCCCGAGCAUCUUGAUUUUUUAUAGUUGGGUUCGCUUGACGAGUGCAGUGAGAGAAGAUAUGAAGAGAAAGAGUAAAAAAGCUGAUUGA